AUGCAAAUGAAGCAGACGCUCUCGUCUGUAUCAGCAAUUUGCUUGUUGCUGCUACUACCAACAAGUUAUGCGACAUGCUACUUUCCAAAUGGAAAAACAGACUCUGGCUACAGGCAGUGCCCUGGUAGCCUCUCAUGCUGUGCAGAAGGCGAAGCCUGUCUGUCGAACGGGUAUUGCUUUACAGCCAACUUCGGUAUCCUCUAUCGUGGGCUUUGCGCCGAUAAAACCUGGCCUAUCUCAGACUGCCCAAGAGCUUGUUAUGAAGAAAUCCCUGAUGGAUGGGCGAAUAUGUUUCAAUGCAAUAGCUCAACGUCAGUGUUGACAUGUAGCCAGCAAGUUACUGCCGAAGGAGCCUGCAAAGCAGAAAACGCCCUGAAUACCUACGAGUGGACACCAGGAAACGUGACGGCUGCACAAAUCGGCAUAACAAAUUAUGGUACGGCAUCAACAAUGACGAGCAAUUCCACCAAUUCGACCACGACUUCGUCAGGCAAUUCAACGAUCGUUACACAAAUUAUCUCUAAAACAUGCUCGCCUACAAUCUGCCCAUCAGUUGCACCUGGCUCGUAUAAAAAGUCAGAUCUAAUUGCCCUGGGCGCUGGCCUGGGAGCUGGCCUUGGCAUACCUCUACUGAUCUCGACAAUUCUGAUGAUAUAUUGCGCAAAUGCAAGGCGACGCGAACAAAAACAACGGGGGGUCCCUUUGGCUCCUGGCCAUCAACAAUAUCGCUGGACCGGAACGCCCUACAAACCUGCUGAACUUCGUGUGUCGGAGAUUAAGUCGGAGCUCAUGGGCUCGCUGGGUGGCCGUCAAGAAUUACCGGGUUCAUGA